UAGGUCUCCUUCAAGUGCGCCUGCGCGGAAGAGUAGCGGCGUCGAGUCAGGCUGGCAGCGGAGAAAACUGCGGUAGCGACACUCAACGCCUCGCCAUGAAGACGCGCUUUAGCACGAUUGACCUCCGUGCCGUAUUGGCGGAGCUGAAUGCUAGCUUGCUAGGAAUGAGAGUAAACAAUGUUUAUGAUGUGGAUAAUAAGACAUAUCUUAUUCGUCUUCAAAAACCAGACUUUAAAGCAACACUUUUACUUGAAUCUGGCAUACGGAUUCACACAACAGAAUUUGAAUGGCCAAAGAAUAUGAUGCCAUCUAGUUUUGCCAUGAAGUGCCGAAAACAUUUGAAGAGUCGGAGGUUAGUCAGUGCAAAACAGCUUGGUGUGGAUAGAAUUGUAGAUUUUCAAUUUGGAAGUGAUGAAGCUGCUUAUCAUUUAAUCAUUGAACUCUAUGAUAGGGGGAACAUUGUUCUUACAGAUUAUGAGUACCUGAUUUUAAAUAUUCUAAGGUUUCGAACUGAUGAGGCAGAUGAUGUUAAAUUUGCUGUUCGUGAACGCUAUCCAGUUGAUCAUGCUAGAGCUGCUGAACCUUUGCUUACUUUGGAAAGAUUGACUGAAGUAAUAGCCAGUGCACCUAAAGGAGAACUACUGAAGAGAAUUCUUAACCCAUUACUUCCCUAUGGGCCAGCUCUCAUUGAGCACUGUCUUAUAGAAAAUGGAUUCUCUGGCAACGUCAAAGUGGAUGAAAAACUUGAAAGUAAAGAUAUUGAAAAAGUACUCAUUUGUCUGCAGAAGGCAGAAGAAUAUAUGAAAACAACAUCCAACUUCAGUGGAAAGGGAUAUAUCAUUCAGAAAAGAGAAAUCAAACCAAGCCUGGAAGUAGAUAAACCAGUUGAAGAUAUACUCACGUAUGAGGAAUUUCAUCCUUUCUUGUUUUCUCAACAUUCACAAUGUCCAUAUAUAGAAUUUGAAUCAUUUGACAAGGCCGUGGAUGAAUUUUAUUCGAAGAUAGAAGGUCAAAAAAUUGAUUUAAAAGCUUUACAACAGGAAAAACAAGCACUGAAGAAAUUAGAUAAUGUCCGAAAGGAUCACGAAAACAGAUUAGAAGCUCUUCAACAGGCUCAGGAAAUAGACAAACUGAAAGGAGAACUCAUAGAAAUGAACCUACAGAUAGUUGACAGAGCCAUUCAGGUAGUUCGAAGUGCUUUAGCCAACCAGAUAGAUUGGACAGAAAUUGGGGUAAUCGUGAAAGAAGCCCAAGCUCAAGGAGACCCUGUUGCAAGUGCAAUCAAAGAAUUAAAACUACAAACAAAUCAUGUUACAAUGCUGCUAAGAAAUCCAUACUUAUUAUCAGAGGAGGAAGAUGACGAUGUUGAUGGUGAUGUCAGUGUUGAGAAAAAUGAAACUGAACCACCAAAAGGAAAAAAGAAAAAGCAAAAGAACAAACAGCUGCAGAAGCCUCAGAAAAAUAAGCCAUUGCUCGUUGAUGUUGAUCUCAGCUUAUCAGCAUAUGCCAAUGCCAAGAAGUAUUAUGAUCACAAGAGAAAUGCUGCCAAGAAAACACAAAAGACUGUUGAAGCUGCUGAGAAGGCAUUCAAAUCAGCAGAAAAGAAAACAAAGCAAACAUUAAAAGAAGUUCAAACAGUCACCUCUAUUCAGAAAGCAAGAAAAGUAUAUUGGUUUGAGAAGUUUCUGUGGUUCAUAAGCUCAGAAAACUAUCUAAUAAUAGGUGGACGAGAUCAGCAACAGAAUGAAAUAAUUGUGAAAAGAUACUUAACACCAGGUGACAUCUAUGUACAUGCUGAUCUUCAUGGAGCUACUAGCUGUGUAAUUAAGAAUCCAACAGGAGAACCCAUCCCUCCACGGACACUGACUGAGGCUGGCACAAUGGCACUUUGCUACAGUGCUGCUUGGGAUGCACGAGUUAUCACUAGUGCUUGGUGGGUGUACCAUCAUCAGGUGUCUAAAACAGCACCAACUGGAGAAUAUUUGACAACUGGAAGUUUUAUGAUAAGAGGAAAAAAGAAUUUCCUUCCUCCCUCAUAUCUAAUGAUGGGGUUUAGCUUCCUCUUUAAGGUAGAUGAGUCAUGUGUUUGGAGACAUCGGGGUGAACGUAAAGUCCGAGUGCAAGAUGAAGACAUGGAGACACUGGCAAGUUGCACAAGUGAACUCAUCUCAGAAGAAAUGGAACAACUAGAUGGGGGUGACACUAGCAGUGAAGAAGAUAAAGAGGAAUUACAUGAACCUCCUCCUGUAGAAGUAGAACUUGUGACUCAGGUUGACCAAGAGAAUCUUCCUGUUCAGAGUGGUGGUGAUGAACUAAAUGAGGAACUAAUUCAGGAAGAAAGCUCUGAAGAUGAAAGAGAAUCUGAAGUGCUUAUAAAAGAUCAGGAGCCUAUCAGUGAUAUGAAGGAUGAAAGAGAAGAGACAUUAGAGUAUCCUGAUACUACUAUUGACUUGUCCCACCUUCAGUCCCAAAGGUCUCUUCAGAAAUUGGCUUCAAAAGAAGAAUCUUCUAAUUCAAAUGACAGUAAAUUACAGGGCCGGAGACAUUUAUCAGCCAAGGAAAGAAGGGAAAUGAAGAAGAAAAAACUUCUAAGUGACUCAGGGGAUUUAGAAGCAAUAGAGGGAAAGGACAAAGAAAGUUCUGUACACAUGGAAACUCAACAGAACACAAACAGAAAUGUUGCAGUUGCACAACCAAUGAAACGAGGACAAAAGAGUAAAAUGAAAAAAAUGAAGGAAAAAUACAAAGACCAGGAUGAAGAAGAUCGUGAACUUAUUAUGAAAUUGCUGGGGUCUGCAGGUUCAAACAAAGAAGAAAAAGGGAAAAAGGCAAAGAAAGGAAAAACAAAAGAUGAACCUGUGAAGAAACAGCCCCAGAAACCUAGAGGUGGACCCAGGAUUUCAGAGAGCAUUAAGAAAGAAACUCCAGCCCUUGAGGUUUUAACUCAUGAGUUACAAGACUUAGCUGUAGAUGACUCACAUGAUGACAAGGAAGAGCAGGAUCUGGAUCAACAGGGAACUGAGGAAAAUCUGUUUGAUUCUUUGACAGGCCAGCCACAUCCUGAAGAUAUCAUACUAUUUGCCAUUCCAAUAUGUGCCCCUUAUACCACCAUGACAAACUAUAAGUAUAAAGUGAAACUUACUCCUGGAGUUCAGAAAAAGGGAAAAGCUGCCAAAACAGCCUUGAAUAGUUUUAUGCAUUCCAAAGAAGCAACAGCAAGAGAAAAAGACUUAUUCCGCAGUGUGAAGGACACAGAUUUAUCAAGAAACAUUCCUGGCAAAGUGAAAGUAUCUGCACCCAAUCUUCUGAAUGUGAAAAGGAAAUAGCUGAAAUGAAAUCCUAAAAUAUUUGAGAAGACUCAAUUUUAUAGCCUUUUGGAAGUUCAGAGAUGAAAACACCAUGUAACAGGACUUCCACAUUUAAAAAUGAACUAAACAUUGCCUUGCUGUAUUCGCCAAAACGACUUAAUUCUUGGUUUUUUCCAGUUUUAUAUAGAGGAAACACUGUCUGAUAGGAUUUCCUAAAAUAUCUGUGAAAAGUUAAAUGCUAAUAAUAUUCAUCUGUAGUUAUUCUCCAACAUUAUCUUGAAGUUUGGGAGGUUAAUAUUAAGUAUUCAUUUCAUGAUGUAAAGAAAUUGAACAGUGAAGUGUGGCUCAGUUGCUUAAACUACUGACUUGGUAAUCUACUGUAUAUAACAUCUAACAUAUAUAUAUAUAUACACCUGUAUAUAUAUAUACAUAUGUAUUUGUGUGUAUAUAUAGAGAAACAGGCCAAUCAUAAGGGGUUUUUGUUGUGGGAAUGGGGGCGAUUAAACAUUUAGUAUUGUGUCUUGAAAACCUUGUCAAAAAAUAUAGUAGAGCAGAUGUAAAAAAUACUAAUUCUUAUGACUCAGAGCUUGAGAAAUAACACCUAAAAGAAACUGGUAUUGAUCAUUUCAAUGCAUUUAUACAUCUUCAUUUUUCAUCUUAAUUUCUUCCUUGUAACCUCAUUCAGUUCUGUACCAUUUUCUUUUCCAUGUCUAGUAGUUAUCAAUAGCAUGUAAUAGAAUAUCAACCUAUAAUAUCAGAAGUGCACUUUAGGCUUACCACUAAAGAUUCCUGACCCAGCUUUCUUCUUCUGUCUCCUAUCAGAAUGGAGAGUAAAGUCAUACAUUAUUUCCAUUCAUUUAUGAGCUAUAAAAUAUACUUUUUUAAUUGAUUGGACAACAUCUGUCUAUCUUCAACCACUUUCUUGCCCCAGCCCCUGCACCAAAGUGUUAAGGUCAAGUAUUGAAUAGCUGUUGGUCCCUCUAACAAUUUUUAGUCUCUAUUGAGAAUAGUUUUCCAUUUGAAAUUAAUGUUUAAAAAAACCAUUUUAUUGUAUUUAUGAUGCUAGUCUAUAAAAUUAUGGACUGUUCUUGCUAUUUAAAGAAAAACUAAAAUUCCAAUGUUUUCUUAAAAAAAACACUACCAUUUUGAUAAUGGUAAGAUUAUUUAGUAUGUUUCUAUAGAUAUAUAUCCUGAAGUUAACAAAAGGAAAUGUAAUAACCAUUCUUUGGGGUAAAAAGCCUAAGUGUUACUUUUUUUUUGCUUUAAUAGAGGAAAGUUACUGGUGUUAAAUACAUUUAUUGUAAACUUUGACACAAAAAUAGGUUCUCUAGGCCAUUCACAUGCACAUUAAAAUCAAAAAGCUGCAAACUACAACAAUGCAUAUAAUUAUACAAAUGAUGCCACUCUGUGAUGAUUACAGGAUUGUUGUCCAUGCAAGGAGAUCUGAGGCAUUAUCUAUGACGCCUUAAGAUCCAGAAGUGUUGUUACUACCAAACCUCUGAUUAACACUGUGAAGUAAGUGUUUUGGAAGGCAGUUCCACGAGUUGGCUAACAUUUCUUUAAAGCAAAUGACUGCUUCUAAGCUUAGCCUGAAAAGUGGACAAAAGAAAAAUAAUUUCACUUUGCUGUUUAAAGUACAUUAACUUGAAUUUAAAGUUAAAUAAAUAAGUAAUAAACCUCUUUCUUUAGGAACUGAUUACAUCAAUGAAGAUUCAUUGCUCUUAAAUAAUCCGUAAACCUGUGUGUUUUUUUUAAGAACACUAAAGUGUCAAGUGCCAAGGAAAAAUUUACUUACCGUACAAGAGAUUUUGGUUGAACUGAAAAUAUAAGUAUUUCAUUACUGUGUGCCUGAAAAAUAGAGGUGAACACAUUAAAAACAAAAAGGCAAGUGCAUCACAGAUAAGUUUCAGUAGUAAUAUGAAGUGGUAUACUUACAGCUCUGUGAUGAACCAGCAGAUUGUUGGCACACCCACCAAAAACAAUCACUUCUCCUUCAUCACUAGCACAAGCUGUAUGCCAUAGCCUGAAUUUUAAAAAAAAACUUGGAAGUCACCCAGAAGACCAAAUUGAUCAUUCACACUCAUAACUAGUGAAAUAAAGAUUAGAGAUCUUAAGAUAGUUUUUGUGCCUAAACAUGACCAUGAGAAAUAAAACCUUACGGAAAAGUAGUAGAACUAGAAAAAUCAGUGUUGAUUUUAUAUGGAUAUUAUUUGUCUCUGUUUCAUUUAUGGAGUGAAGAGUUUGAAUUCAAUGAUAUGUUUUGUAGGUCUUUGAUAGCAAUAAGUUAGCCUUACACAGAACAUCUGAGGGGUGCUGAAGUUCUGCCCCAAUAAGCUGAAAGUCUUAAAGCCUGAUAAUUCUAUAGAAAAGUCAUUUGAACCAAAUGAAAUCUUAGUGGCAUGCCUGUGCUUGCAUUAGAGGAUUAGGGGAAAAAUGCAGGUGAUAUAUCUAAAUGUGCUUUGAACUCCAUUGCUGAGUAAAUCAUUGUCCUUAACAAUUCAUUUGACAAUGAUAAUUUGAUUUAUCCUGUUGUACAUUGCUAUUGUAAAUCUAAUCAGCAGUUGUUUUACCUUCACAUACAUUAAGAUUUUUAAAUUCUCCCCUUACAAAUUCCUUUUGUUUUUGUUUUAAUUACAAACUUAGGUGCCGUUCAACUCAGGUAAACAACUUGCUUUUAAGUUUUAACUGUGUCAAUAAUUUUUUGAUAGCAGAAGGAAAGGGCAGCCCUAUUCUUCCUACACAGAUAAUAACAGAAAGGCAUUUGAUACUCAAAUUAAUAUUGGUUUUCCUUGGCUGGGAAUAUAACUCCAUGGUAGAGUACUUGCCUAGCAUGUGCAUGGCCCCUGGGUCCAAUCUCCAGUAUCACAAAAGAAAAAUAUUGGUUCUCUUUGAGAAGUAUGAUGUUAAACCCUAAUAGAUACCAAGAUUUUUAAAAAUAAGAAUAUGGGUAAAAUAUAGCUAAAAUAUCCUCAGUUUUAUUAGUCUUGCACAUUUCUAGGCCUAAUUCAGUAUAAGAAUUAUCUUUUAAAUAGUUCAUACCUUGGUUUUUCAGUAUAGGGAUGAUUAAACUGUAUCCAUUCAUUUUUACUGAUGCAGUAAGUCCAGGCAUCACCUGAUUGAAGCAAAAUUUAAAAAGCUGUGAUGUAUGUUUAUCUUUCAUUAUGACAUUGAUGUUUAAAGGGCACAACUUGUGCAAAAAAAGUAAUGAAGUUUUUCCUUUUUUCCCCUCCUUUUUUUCUCUGCAGUUAACCACCUUUGCAUGUUACAGCCUUUCAAGGCUUUUACAUACUGCAGGUUAUUUCUCUACUGGAGGAAUGGAUUUAUGACAUAAUAUGUACAAUGUAGCAUAAUUUCAGUAUGUAUGGGAUCAAAAUUAAUAAAUCUCCAAGCCAACCCUAUACUCUCUUGAUACAUCUAAAAUAAAAUGAUUUUCAGCAAAUCAUAUGUAAGUGAUAUAUAAAUAUUUAAGUUUUUUAAAGACUCACUUAGUGGCUGUUUUUCAGUGGUAAAUCCUCCAAAGAGAAAAAGAUGAUCUGAAGAAACUGGUGUUAGUGAGUGCCAGGAUCGGCCGACAGGGCAUACACCUUGUGGAAUUCUGAAAAUAAGUUACAACAUCCGUUUCAAAGUAGCUACUAUAUUUAAUGCAGAGAAAUAUUUAAGUUUUCUUUUAAAAUGUAGAUGGGAUUAUUAGGAAAGGAGACUUAAGGGUCUUGGUAUUAACUACAUGCUUUAUACUGGCCACCCCCCCCCCAAAUAAGGCAAACAUUAAAGCCCAUGCUUGCUAUGCCAGGCACAUAGUUUUUGAAACUGGAAAUAAGAUUCCAUCCUUAAGAACCCUGGUAAUCAUGUUUAUUAAAUUCAUAGUUAAAGAAGAUUAAAGCAAGUUUAUUACAUACUAAUAAUAAGGUAUAGGGAGAAAGGGUUUUUUUAAAAAAAAACUUUUCUGAAUAAUUAUCUAAAGUGAUACUUGCAAUUCAUUCCACUCCCAUGUAUCCAGAUUAAGAUAGUGAAGAUCAUUCAUUCUAGCAUCCUAAAAAAGGAUAAUUAAGUAGUUACAUUUUGAAGAAUUCAAAAGUAAGCUAUUGAAACUGUUUAUAUACUCACUCGAUAUCUGCCUCCAAAAACAAAACCUUUGUUUCCAACAGUUGCACAGGCAUGGGCAGCACGAGGUGAAGGUGCUUUACCCUAUUAAAAAGUAAUAAAAGCAAUUUAAUAAAUAAGUGAACUAUUUAGAAAUGGGGAAAAUCCAGUCUUGAUGUAGAAUAAGAAUAUGCAGAAUACUUGAGUUUUUAAAAGCUGAAGCAUAGACUUCUAGACAACAGCAAUACUGAAGACUGAUGCAUUAUUUAAUAUGUAUCAGAGGGAAAGGAAAUCUAAUGUAAGUUCCCAUUAGAACUAGAUUAUAUAUUACCAGUAUCAGCUGCUAUUAUAUACCAUCUAUUAGGUAAUAAAUGUUGGGUUAGUCUCUUUAUACAUUCAUUAAACUACUCUGAGUUCUAAGUUCCUUGGAAAAUAAUGAAAACUAUGGAUUGUCUCUCCAGAAAACAAGAAACAGUAGUUUCACAUCAUCUCCCAACUCUGGCAUAUUCCCCUCUCCUCUAAAUAGCCUUGCUUUAAUGGUAUAUUAUUGCUUAUUAACUCACAGUAGUUAGAGGCUGGCUCCAGGUAAAUGUUUCAGUGUCUAAAAUAUGUACAUGAUCAUUCCAUCCUCUUGGAUGACUUGAAUUCUACAGAAAAAAAAAGACCCUCUUUGAGUUAGUUUACAGAUAAUGUUUAUAAAAUUACACAGCCACGUUCAAUUUAUUAAUAAGUGAACAAAACUAAUAGUGUAUAUAAAAUGUAUUAUGUCAGCAUACUAAGUAGGCCAUAUGCAGACAUGAAAUAUACUUACCCAAAAAGAUGUUUCAUCAAAUUCAAAAGUUCCCAAUACUUUAUCUUCAGGUAAAUAGCCAUACCCUCCAAAAAAUAUUAGCCUGUUUGAUUAAAAAAAAAAAAAAGACACUAAAAAUUCAAACAUCCACA